UGAUGAUGAUCAUCCUUACACCUAAUUUUUACACUUACGUUAGUGACUUAACAAAAAUGUCAUGCUCAAAAAUAUUUUCAGGAGAUUUACCUGAAUUAAUAUAUGAAAUUAUAAAAUAUUUUCAAAAUGAUUAUUCAACUUUAUAUUCAUGCAUUCUAGUUAACAAAUUAUGGUGUC